AUGGCCUAUGAACAGGAUGCAGACAACAUUGAGCUCGUAGAGCUCUUCUCAUUCGACUCUGCGCUGCUAGUGCUCCCCAAUGAGCUGCUGCACAAAAUUCUCUCCCAUCCAGAUCUACCUGCGGACGACGUCUUCCAACUAGCCUUCACCUGUCGCCGAAUGAAGCAGGUCUGCCUUCCCGUGUACCUGGACCGAGCAGGCAUUAAGACCCCAGAGAAAGAAUGCAACAUCGUGAUACCACAAUAUUCGCAGUCGAAAUCCUAUCUGUCUGAAGACCCUCCCCGCCACAGCCACGUCCUACAGGCCCUUCGUCUCACACCCUCCAUCACAAACGUCGAUGCCUUAUCAUGCUCGUUUCCCUACACGCCGUCCAUGCUAGAGCAAAUUCGACACCUUGACAACCUGGAACAAUUCAUCAGGCAAUUGAAGACGGUAUCCACGGUCGCGCUCGUAUUCGACCCAGAGGAUUGCCUCUGUGCAAAGUAUACAGGCACCACAUCGGACGAAACCCUCCGCUUAUGGACAAACGGUAUUGGGAACCUGCUCAACGCUAUCGUCGAGAGAAAGUGCAUUUCCCUGUCCGUAAAAGGCCUCCGCUAUAUGUGCAGCAGUUACGGCUUCAAGCUAUCGUCGGAUCGCAUGGUGACCAGCGCCAUAGCCGCCUUGGGAAGAGCCGUCAAACGACCCUUAGUCGCGAAGGGUAGAAACUCAGUUUUAUCGGGAAAUAAAUGGAAGUUCCAACGCCGUGCCCCUGGGACGCAGAACCAUCUCGUAGAGCUUUCGAGCGCUGCACGAGCAGCAACCGCCCUCAAGCACCUCGCCGUCUCCUGCACCACUCUUCUCCUUCCACCCAUACUCCAGUGGACGUAUGAGGUCCUCAGCACCUCUCCAAUCGAGAGAAUCACUUUCUCCAACUUCAAAUUCAACAAGUUUGCAUGGCCCAUCGUCGAAGCUCUGUUCUCAGAAGCAGCUCCCAACCUUCCGCAUCUGGAAUUCCGUGACGCCGGAACAUUCACUCUGGACACCUUCCACUCGUUCGUUGGCGCCUUUUCCAACCUCGAAUCGCUUUCCUUCGAACCGUGGACGCAAUCAUCGACCCCUGGAACCCGUCAACCUACUCCCCUCCCCAGGUUUCAAAAGCUCACCACCCUCCGCGCGCCCGCCACCUGGCUCAUCGAAACUGGAGCGGUAUUCACCCACAGUAUCCCUAGCCUCAAGAACCUGACAGUGGUUUGGAAUCGCCAACCCGGAGAGGCGGGUGACCACGACUUCCCCGUCGUACGCAGAGUCCUAUCGUCCCUUUCGAACAAGUUCCCAGGCAUAACCCUCGAAAUCUCAAACAAACUCCUCGCGCCCACCUCGGUGAACAACGACUUUACGAACCUUGCUUCCGACACCCGCUGCGUCCACCAGAUUCUCGUCGUUUUGAAUACGGAUACAGAGAAGAUGGCUUCGCGCCAGGUUGCGCACGCGAUGAGGUUCUAUCUUCGGAAUUUCGAGGAGUUGAGGCAGUUGAGGGUAAAGGUGAAGCCGCAGUAUACGAGUGACGGUUUGCCGAUUGAGGCACCUUGCGUUCAGACGGUACAGGCGACGAAGCAUGCCAAGUUGGAAUUGUUUGAAUACAAUAGUGCCAAACAGAGGAUUGGUGGAGUGGAUUCGGCGUAG